AUGCCAGGCCCGGAGCGGCGGCGGGCAGUGCCUGGUCAGACGGACGAUGCUGGCCCGAACCAAGAGGUACCCGCGAAGGUUCGGCCCUCGGAGGGCCUCCUCGAAUUCCCGGCCUCCUACCAGGAGCUCUUCGAGUUCUUCUGCGCUCACAGCACCGUUCACGGCGCCAUCCGUUUGGUCUGUCCCGCCGAGAACAAGAUGAAGACGACUUUCUGGACGGCGCUCUUCUUGCUGACCGUCGCCCUUCUGUACUGGCAGUUCGGGGAGACCCUCCAGCACUACUACAGCUACCCCGUAAACUUGAAGAUCAGCCUCUGUUCAGACAAACUGACCUUCCCCGCCAUCACGCUGUGUACCCUAAAGCCCCAAAGGUACAGCGCUAUCCAAGGGGAGCUCGAGGAAUUGGAUCGCCUCACCCACCAGGCCUUGAAAGACCUGUACGGUUUCAAGAAACCCCGGGAGCAAAACCCACCACAGUCUCGGCCUCCCCACAUCCUCCACUUGGCUCGACAUAUUCAGCAUCACCCGUUGCGACAUUUAACACCUGAGGAUCCGACCGUCCUUCAGGGGAGCAGCCACGAUGGAGGAGUGGGCUUCCAGCUGUGUAAUGAAACCGACGGAGACUGCUUCUACCAAACCUUCUCAUCCGGCAUCGAUGCCGUCCAGGAGUGGUACCGAUUCCAUUACAUCAACCUCCUGGCGCGGCUGCCCAGCGGCCAGGUGCUGGAUGAAGACAGCGACGCCAACUUUAUCGUUUCCUGCCGCUUUAACAAGGAACCCUGCAACAAGGGCAAUUUCACCCAUUUCCGUCAUCCCACUUAUGGGAAUUGCUACACGCUCAAUGACAAGUCUGAUAACACCCGAUGGACAUCUUCCAUGCCUGGGAUCCAAAAUGGCCUCUCUCUCUUGCUGCGCACUGAGCAAAACGACAUGGUGGAACUGCUCUCGACGAGGACCGGUGCCCGGCUGAUGGUGCACGACCAGCAUGAACCCGCGUUCAUGGGGGAAGGAGGUUUUGACGUCCGCCCCGGCAGGCAAACUUCUAUCACUGUGAAAAAGAAGGUGCUGGAACACCUUGGGGGUGACUAUGGUCGCUGCACAUGGGAUGGGAGUGACGUGCCUGUGGAAAACUUGCACCCAUCCAAAUACACUGAACAGGCAUGUGUGCACUCCUGCUUCCAGAGCAUCAUGGUGGAACGUUGCGGCUGCGCCUACUACUUCUAUCCCCUUCCCUCGGGAGCAGAGUACUGUGACUACGCUAAGCAUGUGGCUUGGGGUCACUGUUACUACAGACUGCAGGCUGAGUUCAAAUCUAAUGAGUUGGGCUGUUUCAACAAAUGCCCAAAGGCUUGCAGGGUGACCCAAUAUUUGCUCUCAGCAGCAUAUUCCCAGUGGAUGUCCAGCUCAUCCAAGGAGUGGGUAUCUCAUGUAUUGGCCCGGACAAAGGAACACAAAGCAACUCAAAGGGACAGCAUCUCCAAAGUGCACAUCUUUUUCGAUGAAUGGCGGUAUAAGUCCACUCAAGAGACUCCAGCCUUUACGGUAAAUAUACUUGUUUCCCAACUGGGAGCCCACUGGGGUCUCUGGUUUGGCUCUUCGGCCAUGUCCCUUGUGGAACUGUUGGAGUUGAUACUGGAUGUGGUUGCCGUCGCUUGCAUCGUGCCCUUCGGUUCCUGCCGCCGGAUCUCAGCUCCCAACACCUCCGACGCUGCCAGCUCUGGUUCUUGCCCGCCUGGAGACUCAACCAGCCAGCCUGUGCCCUGUGACCACGGCAGGGCAGAAGGUCCAACGAAGACCGCAAAUGUUGAUGCUGUCCUGGAACCCACAGUCAUUCACGAGUGGAUUGUCUUGUCUGCUCGAGAGAAGUUUGUCGCCCAGGAUUGCUACAGCGCAAUAUCUGAUGAUGUGUGGAUCAGAAAGGCCUUCUGA